GCCAUCUCUUGUAAAUACUUUGGUUUCUCUUCUCUCUUAAUGAAAGGCAGCAUCCUGCCAGUUGCUUGCAAAAAAAAAAUCAGCAGAACUAUGAUUUUUUGCACCUAGCCCAAUACAUUCAAUAGCUAAAUUGGUGCAACAGAAAACUUCAGUUGUUGUUUAAUUUAGAACUUAGCAAGAUUUUCAUGAUUUAAACCCUUUAAGUGGUUAGAUCUAAAUUUCACUGUUCAGUUAAAUGUAGAUCUUCAGUUUCUGUUCUAAUCUGACAAAGUUGAACCUUGGUCUCCUUCAAAUUCUUUAAGUGAAAAAAGAGAAGAGGAUCUACUACACUCUCAAGCUUAUCAUAAAAGUACUUGUGCAAUAAUGUUUUGGAAUGAUUAUCCCUGAUAUUACCUGACAUUGUCUCAAGUAAAUAUCAGGCUCACAGAUUAGGGAAUCUUAUUCUGAGCUUUAAUUGUUGAUAUCGCCACCUACAGAAUAGUGAAAAGCAGCAUUAUUAGUAUGUAUAUAAAAAUGAAAGCUAUGUGAUGGCCAAUACUUGUGGUUCCUUUGGCAUCACAGACAUGUUAGAAAUCUUCCUUUGGAACUUUAUCGCCUGUGUUGAUUUUUUAAUGUAGUUUUAAUAGAAUUAUAGCUGUCACAUUCAUUUUGUGGAUGAUGUAUCAUGUUCAAGGAAGAGCUUUCAAUACCCUUCUGUAUCAAAAGUGAGGUUCAGAUGCACUACAGCACACAAUCUUAUUGGUUGUUUGUUUAUUCGUGAACAAAUCUUAGUUAUUCUCUUCAGAGGCCUGUUAUUUAGUGCAAAUUUAUGGUUUUGUUAGUGAAGACUAAUAUUAGGUGCCUCACGGCUGGAAUAGUUUUCAAAGAGAUUGCUAGAUAAGCACGAAUUUCGGCUAUGCCUUUUACGGUUUUCUUUCAUGUAAAGAAAUUUCUUAAGAUCAGGCAACCAAGACUUCUCUUCUCUCUCACAAAGUAAAGAAUGCAAGUAAUGUUAUUAUUUGAAAGAUUAAAAAAAUAUCUAGCUUGAAGAUCCUGCUAGUUUUUGCUAAAUCAAAUUGUUUUCUCAACUGAUAUAGGGAGGCAACUGCAAUAUUUGAAAAUCCUAUCAAACUAGUGAUAGGAGUUCCAGAAUGAACUUUCUGUGACAGAGAGCUGAAAACUUAGCAACUGUUCACUUUUUUUAAAUCUAAAUAUGUAGCAAUCAUGGUACAGGUGAGCAGGCAUGCCUAAAAAAUACAUUUGCAUUGAGAAGUAAUAGAAUAUGAACUUGUGAAGCUCGAUAUUGUGCAAAGUUACAGUAUUCCGGCAAGAUACAACAAAGGAACAUCACUAGACUUAUGUUGAAAUUUAACUAUUGUUCCAUCAUGUGAUGAGCCUGGUGGCACCUUUCUUUUUCAAACACUUCAAUUGAAAGGAAGCGGCUAGUUGACACUCUUUCCUACCUGUUAUCUAUCAACAUAGCCACAUCGGUUUGUGCCUCUUCAGUGGAUGGUAUAACCUAAAGAACAUUUGCUAGACUCGAAAAAAGCGACAAACAAAAAAUCAUCAGCUUUGCAUUUGUUCCUUUGUCGGGGAGUAAUUAUUCUCUAUGCUUCUUUUAAUUUUUAUAUGUUGUUACAUUUUAAUUAUAUCUGGUCUAUAUCUAUGGCAUUACCUAAUGAAUUAGUUUGGAUAAUGGCAGAGUCACCCUUCUACCUUGUAUAUUAUCUGCUUAUUGAUUUGAGUAUUCUAUGAAAUUCCAUGUCGUAAAAAAAAUCAUAACGUGUAGGAUUCAUGUACUUGGUUCACCGCUGUUUCUUCAUCCCUCAUAUGUAAGUGAUGCAUGAAACCUAUCUAUUUCUGAAAAUGCUGUGUCUCGUACUGUUACAACUUGUCUUAACAGUACUCAAAGGGGCACCUUCCUUGCUAAGCAAAACAUGUUUUCAUAAGAUGUACCUAUUUUGGCCAGGGAAUCCUGAUACUUAACAUUCACAAUAUCAAAUAAAAACAAAAAGUAAUAGAUCCAAUCAACACAGAAGUUGAUGAUAAAGGAAGAUACUUCAUUUUGGAGAACCGAUUCGGGUUCAGUUGGCUAAUGGCGUCACACCGAGCCCACCCACAUUCGACUCUCACCUCCGUGGAUGCUCAUAUUUUGAAAUGCUCAAAAAUGCAGUUUUAGGUUCUUAACUAAAGUUCUUGAUUUCAUUGGACUUCCCGAGAUUUGAUGAAUGAUAGAGAUAGAAAUAUACUGCACUGCUGUGCCUCUGUAAUGUGACUGACCACCUUGACUUUGACAAUACUUGAGGACAACUGGUCUGGAAUCUGGAUCUAAAGCCAUUUUAAAGUGUUCAUGAAAGGGGUGGUCCUGGUGAACUGCCAUCAUGAUUUCAUAUGAGCUAGCCAUCAUAACUUUGGUCAAUUAAGAUUUCGCUCCAGUUGUGCAUGUAUAAAUAUGUUAUUUGUUCCUACUGCAAGUUUCUUGCUUUAUUCUUCUUGUAUUUGCUACUUCUGGAGUGGCAGACAUGUCAUGUUUGGAUCUACUAAGUGCACUAAGCAACCUCUUCUCAACUGAACAUAAUGGUACAAGAACCAGCUAACUGUGAUUAGAUUAUCAGCAGGUACUUCUUUUUAUUGGACAUUAUUUUCAAUUGUUCCAAGUAAACUUGCAGAUAGGAUGGAGUAUACCAGACUCUUUUGGUUGGUGUUGGAAUUCUAUAAAAGACAGAGUCAUGAAAACCAAGUGAACAAAACAAAAUAGGUUGCAUGACACUUAACAGUAACAUGUAGUGUUGGCUUCACACUUCGAAUUGUACGGUACGCAUUUCUUUUAAAACUCUUCAGAGGAUUGUAGAAUAUAUCGUGUGUCAUUCCUAUUUUUAUCAUUCUUUAGUCAGAUGGCGGCAAAUUGAAUAUGAGCGUACAAGAAAGGAAAUUGUAGAAUACUAGAGUUUAAAAUGUUAUUCUGACCUUUCAAACUAGAACAAAGCCUUAACAGUGUAAAGUGUAAAUGCCUUUACAUCAGACAUAUUCCUCACUAAAUAUUCAUUGUAAUCAUGGGCCACUAGAUUAUCUAGCAUGGGGCAGUACAAGCAACAUGGAUUUUAUAUAUUACAAGGAAUUCAAUACACUUUGAACAAGCUGUAACAUAUGCCCUUGUACAAGGUAGCUAUUUAGUCUACUUUGUGAAUUGCAACAGUGAUGUGUUGUUUGACUCUUCCACAACCUGCAAGGACUGGCCUACCAAUUAUUCCUUGUCCUCAGGAGCCACAAUAAAAUGCUCACAUCCAUGACAGGUCUAAAUCACCAUUUGCCUCAAGUGCGAGAGGAGGAUCCAGAGUCCAGUUGCAACAACCUCAGAAGCUAGUCCAAACUAGUGGGAGGUUGUGUGCACAAACCAGAAGGUAGACUGAAGAAUAGUAAUGGCUCGUGGUAAGGUUCAGAUGAGAAGGAUAGAAAACCCAGUGCACAGGCAGGUCACCUUCUGCAAGCGGCGAAUGGGCCUUCUGAAGAAGGCAAAGGAGUUGUCCGUUUUAUGUGAUGCUGAUAUCGGUGUCAUGGUGUUUUCUCCUCAUGGAAAGGUUUAUGAGCUAGCUACCAACGGGAACAUGCAAGGCUUAAUUGAGAGGUACAAGGGUAGCAACACAGAAGCACAUGGUGAAAGUAGCGAGCAGAACAAACCCGAGGUAAUACAGCAAGAGGUACUACUCUUAAGGCAAGAAAUUGACUUGCUUCAAAAGGGCUUAAGGUACAUGUAUGGAGAGAAUGAUAUAAACCACAUGAAUCUCAAUGAGCUGCAAGCCCUGGAGAGUAACCUUGAAAUUUGGGUACACAAUAUCCGCUAUACAAAAAUGCAGAUCAUAUCUAGGGAGAUUGAGAUGCUCAAGACCAAGGAAGGUAUACUGAAGGCUGCAAACGACAUACUUCAAGAAAGGAUAAUUGAGCAGAGCGGGAUUCUGGACACCGGCAGCAACAUGAUGAUGCCACAAUUUCCCUUCCAGCGAACCAUGGAGGGUGGAUACUACUUCUAGCCUAAACAACCAACCUAUCAAGCUAUCUCGCCUGUUCGGGUUUGAGUUCAACAAGGCUACCCUUUAUGGAACUCACAUAACCUUAUGUGUGCCACUUCAUGUUGUAAAAAGGAGAAAGAAGAUCAGCAUCUGUCGAUGUACAUGCUUUUUCAUAUGUAGAUUCGUCCUCUUUCAGAUUGGACUGUUCGCAGAUUGCAUGAUGUUACUGCAGUUUCCCCUCCAGCUAACCAUGGAGAGGAGUACUCGUGUAGCCUGAAUGACCGACCUAUCCAAGUUAUCUCCUAGUUCCGAUUUGAGUUCGACAAGGCGACCUUGCAAGGACGUCUCAUAGCCUUGUGUGAUGUGUCUGCCACUUCAUGAUGUAAAAAAGUACAAACAAAACCUGCAUCUGUAUCUGUAUCUGUAUCUGUAUCUGUACAAGCUUUUGCAUAUGUAAAUUCACUGUCUUUCAGAUUGUUCA